UAAGGCACCAUGGCCGAGUGGUUAAGGCGACAGAUUCGAAUAUCACGCCUUGCAAUAGGAGUACUCGGGUUAUCUGUUUCCCUAUGGGAGCGCAAGUUCAAGUCUUGCUGGUGUCGUAUCUUUUUGCUUUUUGGGAUCAUUUUAGAUCUGUCCGCUGUCCAGACUCCCACGUACGUUCACUUUCCGCAAACAAAACGCUGCAUCGCACUGCAAUCCUGAGUUUCGCAAUACUCAGUAUGUAUGUGCAAGUGUAUCGCUAAGGCCGUUAUGUAGCAGCUAUAGCGAGUCCACGCUAGAAAUCUGAUCUGCGAUAGCGAAGACACUACACAGUGUGUACUGCAAUCAUAAUUGCAUCGCCUUGCAUUGCCAGUGUUUGCACCUUGGCUUCGUAAUCCGCGAUGUCCCAAGCAUCUGCCUUAGGACCGAUCGACCCAGAAUCGCUCGGUACGAAGGAGGAGGACAAGGCGGCGCCAUGGAUCGUCAGGAAGCUGGUCGGGUCUAUGACGGGCCGGAUCGUGAUGUCGAGCUAUGAGACGCUGCGCAGUGCGGGCACGAGUGUCGUGUGUCUCUCCCCGUGGGGAGACUCUUCGCCUUUGUUGCUCCCAUGCAUCCGCUUCCGCGACCUCGCCGUGCACACUGUCAUCGCAGCGACCGGCGGCAUGGCCGCCAUCGCAGCGCCAGCCAUGGGCCCCAUCUCGGACAUCAUCAUAGGCACCGUGGGCGACUCGCUGGUCGUCGAGCUCGGGACGCACGUCGGCUUCGAGCUCACCACCAAAGUGGCGAACGACCUCGUCUUCGACAAGACCGCCAACGCGCUCAUACCGAUCCACUCCGCGCGCCUGCAGACGACGGGCGUGAAGACGAUGCUGAUCACGCUGAAGUACAAGCAUAUCGUCGAGGACGCGGCGCUGGGGUUCUUCCGGAGCUCUGUGCACCAAGAUCUGUCGCUCUUUGCAUCGGUCAUGGAUUACCUAGCCGUAGAGAAGGGUUGGUUCUCGCCAUACCUAUUCGCGAGCGGACGACGCCCGAUUAUCCCUCGCUCGAUGAAACCAGACGUAGUGUUCUGCCAUGGGCCGUUCCUCUCAGGCGACUACCGUGUUGGGGAGACUCUCCUCGCCGAAUCCGCCUCCGUAAUCACCUUCGCCCCUCCCCCAUCCUCCUCUCCAACCGCCCCGCCAGAGGCCGAAGCAGCCACCGAGUCCAGCUCAACGGCCCCCGCCAGCGCCAAGCACAGCUCGCUCUCCCUCCCCAGCCUCUCCCACAUGAUGCAGCGCUCCCGCACGCCCUCUCCCGAACCAGCGCUGACACCGCUCCCCGCGCCGCCAAAGCCGCGCCGCCUCGUACUACUCGUCGUCGGGCUCGCGCCGCACCGCAAGCUGUGGACGACGAGCCAGCGCCCGAGCGAGAGCGUCAUCAACUACACGCUCCUCAACGGGUGCCCCGCGAUCGUCCUUCCCGCGCGCGUGGGUGCGCCGCUCGUCGCAUGGGUCGGGCGGACGCUCGAGCAGAUCUGGAGCGUGCGGCUCCCGCCGGAGGGUGCGGACGCAGGGGCGCUGGACGCGCCGGCCGUGCCAAGCGGCGACGACGAGGCGGUCACGAAGACCUUCGCGGGGCUCGUCGGCGUGCUCUUCGAGUACGUCGACCUCUGCGUCGACUGGGCGCGCGUUGAGGUCCCCGGCGAGGCGCCGGCGGACGGCCAGAAGGAGGAGAACGGCACGCCGGCGCAGAGGGCGGCCGUGCGCAAUGCGGUGGCGGUGUUGGUUGCUGCUGCUGUCCAGAGCGGUGAGAGUAAGGAGGUUAAGAAUAAGAUUGAUAAGGAGCGUGCAGGGAUUGCUAUGUGGAGGAUCCCAUGAGCUGAAUCGGGUACAAGAACUUGGUCGCUGGAAUGCUGGAUCUCAAAUGUUAUGCGUUGACGGAUUCGGUGAAGCAGAAGUGGAAGUGCUAGCAAAAGAUGUGCUGACGGCAUGCCUAUCCCAACAUCAUGCCUCGCAUAUGCCUUUAUUCUGAGAGCCGGGUAGCGUACCUGCAAUCCCACAAACUUCACCGUUAAGGUGCGGACAGUGGUUAUCGUCUAGGAUGAUCCCAAGGACUCGAACUGUGAAAGAAUACUAUUUAACACUUGCCAAUGCACGCAGAGC